UGUGUGGAGCUUGCAGGGGCUGGCUUCACUGUAAGGUGAAUGUGCAAGGAAGCAGCUGUGUGGAGGUGUGUAGUCAGAGUGCAGCAGACACAGACCGUGGGGCUUCGCUCAGCCUGACGAGUUCUCAUCUGUCCUAAGUAAGUAACCACCCCAGAAACAGGCUUGUGGAAUUCAUGCCAGGAUUCCUGGGCACUCCUGCAGGAGGGGUGGAAGCUGCAGCAUCCAGAGAGUGGGCUUCUUUUCUUUUUUUUAAGAGCUGCAAGUGGGAUCAGUGUACCUGAAACUGAUAUGCCAACUGAAAUCUCUCAUGCCGUGAGAAUGCAUGCCAUCUCGGACUUUCAUUCCUCUUUGACAGUGCGACUUCUUAACAAGGGGCCGGAAUACCUUCGCAGACAGAUGGAGGCAGGCACCCCAGGCAGGAAGAGUGCUGUAGAAAGACUGGCAGCUGACAAGGCCAAGUAUGUAAAAAGUCAGCAGGUAAUCAGCACUAAACAGGAACCUGUGGUUGUGCUUAGCUCAGCCUCAGAGAGCAGUAGUGAGAACUGUUCAGUGGAAAGCAAAAAAAUUACUAAGGACUUUGGUGGAGGGAAAGACACAAAAAACUUGUACCUGGCUAAUGCUGUAUAUUCUUGCUGUCCUCCCCUGGAACACGUCCCCCCGAUAGCAAGGCGCAGCAUGCCCAAGAGGCAGAUAAGGCCAGAUUCCCUCGUGAUCUACCGCCAGAAAUGUGAGUUUGUGAAAGGGCAAGGCAAUGAGAGUACACGAGGGAGCUUGGUGAGGAGGCUGUUCCAAGGACCCAUAAAAGAAAAGCAACUGGCUUCUCCUGAGAUGCAGACACCCAAAGUAAUAAGGGAAGUCACCACACCAGAAAAUGAAGAAAAUCUCUCUUUAAAACAUGCUGCUGAUAAGCUCACUAGCCAUGGGACUGAACAAACCACUCCGGCAAAAACAGAAGUGCCAGCUGACCAUGGCGGAGAGUACGGGGACACUCCAAAACUGACUGUUGCACCUGAUGAGGUCAAGGAUGCGAGGAGGAAAGGUUUGCAUCGGUCCCAAUCGGAUAUCAGCUCUCGGUACUCCAAGUCCUUUUCUGAGUUUGAUACUUUUUUUAAAUACUGUGGUCUUGAGCCUGAGGUCAUUGAGGAUCUGGGGAGAGAGAACUUCUCAGUGGUUUCUGACAAUGUGUCCUUCAGGAUUCGCAGCAUCAGUGUGGCGACAUCUGAAAGUGACUUUACAAGGCACAGCGGGGAUGAUGGGCUGCUGGAGGAAGAACUGACUGAGCAGGUCCCUAGCAGCACCUCAGUGAUAGAGCGCAAUGCUCGGAUAAUCAAAUGGCUGUACACGUGUAAGAAAGCCAAGGAGACUAAUAAGGUGCUCCAAGAGCUUGCCUGAAGGCUUCUCCUUUCAGCAUGCAUUCCAGCCUGGUAAACUCAAGAAUGAAAACAUUCCCAAAAAUGGAGGCUGAGCAAGACAGAUCAUAGGCCAGCAGAUCAGCAGCAAACUUUUUCUACCAUCUGGCUUAUGGUAACUCAUCUUCCUGGUACCCUCUUCUCUUUUUUCUUCCUCACCAGGCAGACCCAGUCCUUGCCUGAAGCAAAUAUGUGUCCACGAGCACAGUGGGAAGAGGAAAUUAUGAACUGUGCCAAAAUGAGAUGGCAGGAAGUAAAAGCUCCUGGAAGAACAGAAGCAAGUAUAGCUAAUAAAAUAGCUAGCAAUGUCCAUCAUGAUGCAGGUCACUGCACGAUAAUGCCAUUCUGAAUCAUGACAGAAGAUUGGUGUAUCACAUCUGACUCUAAUGGAUGGUGAAUCUGUCAGCAAGCCUGGGGGAGGAGGAAGCAGGAAUUAAGUGGCAACGACCUUUGGGUCAAGCAUUUCCUGGCAUAGAGGCUCCACCUGCACUUCCAGAGAAGCUGUUAGCACGACUCUUUAAACAUGGCACAUGCUGACAUGAUUUAAACCCGGUUUUUUUUGCCUGACUGGUGUCGACCAAACACUAUAAGUUUAUAAACAGGGCUUAACAGACAUUUUGAAUUCUCAUUGUCUUCUACGGCCUCUCCCAUGAGUGUUAAGCCAAAUUAGAAAAUCCAGUCUCCAGGUAGACCAGCAUACAGCACAGUGGGGUAGACAGUGGGAAAGAAUAUUUAACACUAUAGUUGGAGAAUAUGGAUAAAUACAGUUCUGAAACACAUGGAAGAGUCAACUAUGUUAAGAAUUAGACAGUUUGUGCUGGAGUUUAUUGCUCCCGGGCACAGCUUUUACAUUUGUUCCUGGGACCACAGCACACUGAGCUGGGGUGGCACAGCCCCAUCUGGCAGGGGAUCCUGGGGAGUCAGCCUGCCAGCCCAGAACUGAUCCACCCUGGCUCAACAUGCUGCAGAGUGGUUGCCUGGGACAUACAGGUGCUACAGUGUGGGUCUACCUGGCAGGCAGUCCCCACACAUGUAGCACCCUUAUGCCCUAGCCAGCCCAGUCACCAUCUACAUGUGUGUUUCACCACAUGUAACUACUCUGCUGUAGGACAGCACUUCUGUUGGGCAGUACUAUCCUACAGCUGAGUUAAUUAGUUUACUGUGGCUUAAUAGUGCCACAUGUGUAGAUGGUGAUGCUUUACUGUAAAGCUAAUUAAUCAGCUCUGCAGUAAAGCAUCUCAUGUAGAUGCACCCAUUUUAAAGCAGUUUAGUUCAUUAAUAUAUAUAUGAGGUCUAAAUGAGUGGCAGAUGGAGCUGGUGGCCCUUGGCUAUGCUUUAGAUGCUUGGUCCAAACAGCCAUUAGUUGCCAGAAAAUGUCUUGCCCUGUUCAAGUUAUUCCUGAUAAUAUAACUCACAAAAAAGUGACAAAAAUCAAUUAAGAAACAGAUUCCAAUCUGUUAUACUGGUAUUAUUUUAGAGUACCUGUACUAAAGUCAGUGGCAUAACAAUGAUUAGAGGAUGUCCCAACAUUUUGGAGUGCUGAAAAGUUAAACUUGAACUCCAUAUUACCAUGGAUAUAAUGUUCUGAUUCUCAUCCUGGACUUUACCUGGCUGCUAAACCUGUAUUGUAACUAAUACAGGAAAAUGGGGUUUCGUUCUCAAAAUUCCAAUGAGGUUAUACACACUUGGUAGCCAAAUAUCCCUUUGCAGUGAUUAUGGCCAUGAUCUCACCCCAAUAAGCCAAGCACGUGCAGGAAUACAGAAGAGAGAAUGUGCACCUGACCAGCACUUUUAAUUCUUUGUUAAUCAUGGAAAAUGUCAUGAGCAGGUAGGAGGGAGAAGAACAGGACUGAGUAAUAGCAUCUUUGUAAAACAGUUGUUAUAACCAUGAGAAAUAAUUAUUUCCACUUAUAUUGUGAGACCAAAAUUGCACUUAGAGGGCUAAUUAAUUAUUCAUAAUUGACUUUUAACUAAGUUCACUAUAGGCUUACUAGUCAGGCGAAUUUUAUUUAAAUAAGAAAAAAUGUACUUGUUAGUGACUCGGUAGUUAUUUCUCACCUAGGCUAUCCAUCUGAGAAUACAGGGCAUUUGUCUAUAUUGUUUUACUGUUACUUAAAAUGUGUAUUGUCUUUAUAUAUUUAUACAUUCAUAAAUAAUAUUUCCAAAUAAAGUAUUCAUUGAUAUGGCUCCAAAUGUAGUGGGAAUCUGAAAACCCUGUAUUAGUAACCAACUUUAUACUUAGGAGGAACUAGCACCCAGAGGUCUUCAUAACAAUUCUAAACUUCCAGUAUAGCAGACAGCAUGAGUAAAAAAUGAUUCCCUAGAAAUUACAACAAAAAGGUCGCUAAUGUAGUGGGAUUUACACCUUGUUGAGAAGUUGUUUAAAGGGCCUCUGUCAGGACUGAUAAAUCAGGGAUGUGAUCUACUGUGUCUGUAUCUCCUGUGGCACUUUGUAAAGUACUGUAAAUGUAAUUAUUUAUAUGGUUUUCUAAAAAGCUAAAUGAAUGUUGUUUCUUGUAAACAUUAAUUAAUGACUGCAGGCAGUUGAAAGCGUAUGAAAAUCUCCUGGUUUGUAAGCCAGUGCACUUCUACAAUGCAUUUUUGUAAAAAGUGUUCUAGUUUUACUUUGAAAUUUUUAUUAGGUUUUUUCAUCAGAAGCAGUAGUGAGAUAAAAUGAUAACAUUAAAAAGAUGCAAGAGAAAUUGGCAACAACUUUUAAAUGUUAGGAAGCAAUAUUUAAAGGAUAUUAAAUGGAGUUCUCAAAAAUAUAAGCAUAGGAGAGACUCAGCCCUCAUGGAAGUCAAUGGGAGUUUUAUAAUAGAUGUCUAUGGGCACAUCAUGUCGCCAUAUAGUGAUGUUGCUACAGUGCCAUGCUUUUGUACUUCCUUUUGGAAGUACUAAAGCGUGGUGCAGUACAGGUGGUUACUGUGCCAUGUGCACAGCAUACAGUUAGAUUUCACGAGUACAUCACCAUAGCAGCACGCUAUAAUGGGGGAGUGUGCUGCUAUGGCAACAUAGCUGCUGAUCACAUGUAGAACCAUGAUUGCUACAUCACUGUCAUGUGCUGUACAGUGAUGCAGCACAUUGCUAUGUUGCCAUAAGGUGACGUGUAGAUGCGCCCUAUGAAAUCAGAAAUAGGACAACAUUGAGGAUUCUUGAAAAUCUCACUUUAACCCUUAUGAGCUGCUUAAUAGGGUUUACUGAACUUUCACACUGACAUGAACCAAUAUUUGCUUAGCUUAGUUCAACUUUUGAUGUGGUCCAAACUCACUAAAGUAUAGGGAAAUUUGUAAAAAUGUGGUGCUGCCUAAGACCCUUCCUUAAUAAACUACGAGUUUCCUUAUUUAUAGGUGUCUUCUGGGUAGGACAGUGAUCAGUCUUCUCAGUUAAGAGAGCAACAGAUAGAGUCACUUUCUUCACAUCUCUUUGGUGUGUGAAUACAGCAACUCCUCACUUAAUGGCAUGGUUACCUUCCUGAAAAAUGUGACUUUAAGUGAAAUGAAGUUAAGCGAAUCCAAUUACAUCACAGUAGUUACCUACUAGCAGGUGGUGGCCAAACAAUGUUAUAACCGAACGUUGAACAACUUUAAACAAGUAUGUUCUCUAAUAGAUCAGUGAUGUAAUAAUGAAACAACGUUAACCAGGACAAUGUUAAGUGAGGAGUACCUGUAUCUUACCACUCUCAAGACUUUCCUCUCAGGUCCUAUUUCUGUUGUCACUUCAAAGGGUUUUUCCCUCACUCAUUCUGGUGUUCUGGUACAUAUCCCAAAUAGACCCCAAUGAUAGGGACUCCUCCAAAGAUUGCUACUUUAGGUUACUUCCUCUCCUUCUCCUGCAGAAGGAACCUCAAGACAAGGCAGGAGGACCUGGGAAAGUCAUAAUAAAACGAAUGCAUUUUGUAGGGAGUUGUUCUUCUUUUUGCUUAGAGCUUUUAAAUAGAAUCCUGUUCCUAUGGAAAUCAGUUAGAGUCUUUCCAUUGACUUCAGUGGGGCCUGAAUGUGAUCCUAUUUUUGUAAAACUGAAACAGAUUGAGAACAAACGUUUGCAAAUUAACUAAGUCUGUUUGACUAGAACUAUGCAAACCAAGAUAGUUAUGUGGGCUGUAACCCUGUUGCACAACUUAAUUUUAACUGCCAAGUACUAUUCAUAACCUGUUGUUUAAAGCUAUAUUAUAACUGUGAAAAGGAGCAAUGUCCAGAGUCUUAAUUUAACAGGAAACAAGGUACAAAGUCCAUUUUUUCUAUAGCUACAGAUGUUUGCAGUAAAAAUAUUGGGUGUAGAAUAUAAGCCUUAGAGAAUAUAAUGUAAAUAGUGCUGUACAGGAACUAUGUGUAACAAGAAUUCAGAUUUUUCUAUAUUGAGAAAAUUAAUUUUUAAAGGGGAUGUAAAUCCUCAUGCUUCAUAGCAUAAACCAACCACUAAUUGAUAGGGAUUAAACAGAAACUUCCUCUGACAAGCAGGUUAUUCAUCAUUGUUGAAUAUGAGUUUUCACACAUCCCCUCUGGAGUGAGGACUGAUCUAAUCUGGUAUGAUGUUUAUAUUCAAAUAAAAGGAGGUGCAUUUUAUUUCAUUGCAUAUAAAUAAAAAACACAUAUAUGAAAGUUA